CUCUCCCUCUCCAGACCCGACCGAAAGAAACGCCACACGAAUUUCGAAUCCCGAGCUCCUUGAACAAGCCCUCUCCCCGAUGGCCGCCGCCGCAGCAGCAGCACCGUCACCGCGCGAGGAGUACGUCUACAUGGCGAAGCUGGCCGAGCAGGCCGAGCGCUACGAGGAGAUGGUGGAGUUCAUGGAGAAGGUCUCCGCCGCCGCCGCCGACUCCGAGGAGCUCACCGUCGAGGAGCGCAACCUCCUCUCCGUCGCCUACAAGAACGUCAUCGGCGCCCGCCGCGCCUCCUGGCGCAUCAUCUCCUCCAUCGAACAGAAGGAGGAGAGCCGCGGCAACGAGGACCACGUCGCCGCGAUCCGCGACUACCGCGCCAAGAUCGAGGCCGAGCUCUCCAAGAUCUGCGACGGCAUACUCAAGCUCCUCGACUCCAGGCUCAUCCCCUCCGCCUCUGUCGGCGAUUCCAAGGUCUUUUACCUUAAGAUGAAGGGGGAUUAUCACAGGUACUUGGCUGAGUUCAAGACCGGCGGCGAGCGCAAGGAAGCCGCUGAGAGCACUCUCACCGCCUACAAAGCUGCUCAGGAUAUCGCGAACUCAGAACUGGCUCCUACUCACCCAAUUCGGCUUGGGCUGGCUUUGAACUUCUCUGUUUUCUACUAUGAGAUUCUCAAUUCUCCCGACCGUGCUUGUGGUCUCGCCAAACAAGCCUUUGAUGAAGCAAUUGCUGAGUUGGACACUCUUGGCGAGGAAUCCUACAAAGACAGCACUUUAAUCAUGCAGCUUCUCAGAGACAACCUGACCUUGUGGACAUCCGACAUGCAGGAUGAUGGGGCGGAUGAGAUCAAAGAAACAGCCAAGGCUGAUGAGCAAUAGUGAUGUCUCAGCUCUCAUCAAUAUCAAUAUAGAAGUUGUCCUCUAUCUGUUUUUAACUGUGGAAGAUUGCUGGCUAAUGAUUCAUGUGCAAUUCUGGGUCCUAGGCUCAUUGUCUCUGUAACAGAAUUCUGGUGUCGCUUGUCUUAUCGAAGUCUUAUGUAUUUCCAAAUGACUCUUAUUUCUCUUGGAUUCUUAAUGCUUCAAUAUCUCAAUUGAACACG